AUGCCGUCGUCGUUUAUUCGCCGCCAUGUACGAGGGUUACUUCGUAGUAAAUUCAGUUCAUCUUCUAGCCAGGAGAGUAGUCCCGACGAGGAUGAUUUACCAACUCCUUCAAAUGAGAAUCAGUCUUUCUUAUCUCGGUGCUAUCUAGCUGGGAUCGAUGGAAGAAGAAUAGAUUUUCCCGAGGUUUAUUGUGGUAAAACUGGUCUUGAUAUACCUUGCAUUCAACUCCAAGCUUUCGAUCAAGAGGUACUAUCAACUUAUACUGGUCCUGAAGGAGGAUUAACAGAGGUUGGCCAAGUGAGAAGGCAACCAAUGGUUCAGAUGGCUAAUCUUGAUGAUGAGAUGAGCUUGAGCGUAGACGGAACUGAUAGCGAGGAAGAAGUUGAAGAAGAAUCUCUAGAAGAGGAGGAAGAUUUGGAUCAGCCCAUAUCAACUCCUCUGAAACAGUAUCACAAACGAAAAUCACGAAGUGAGGCUCUACUUGGCUCUUGUUCAUCUUUACUUGGACCUAAUGGUAGUGAAACGAUUCUCCAUAGAGAAGCAGAAAAGUACGAUUGGCAAAAAAGUGAUGACCAAAGAGCCUUUGGUAUUUCGGUGUCCCUCUAUGAGAAAAAUCCUCUGACAGGUGUUAGUGCCGGCGAACCCGUGGCUGAUGUUUGGGGAGUUGUUGCUCGAAACAAUAAUGGAGUACUGGCUUUAGCUGACGGCGUGAAUUGGGGCGAAGGUGCUAGAUUAGCAGCUCGAUGUGCCAUUCGGGGAGCUCUAGAUCAUUUGAAUGAUCAAAUCAAUAGGAAAAGCAUGACUACAAGCACUGAAGUGUUCCACGAGUUGUUAGCCGCUUUCCAUUCGGCCCAUUCCUUGAUUUUACAGGAAGGUGGGAUGCUCACAACUCUUUGUGUGGCAGUUGUUGUUCCUGCUAAGCAUGGGAAUAGUUGGGUUCUAUGUGUCUGCAACGUUGGAGAUUCUUUGUGCUUCGUUUAUAAUAGGAAUUAUGGAGUACGGGAAGUCACUCUUGGUAGUCAUGAUAUAGAUCAGAUGAGGGACAUGCGCGAUGCUGGCGGUGCCUUAGGACCAGUUGAUGGUCGAAACCCGCAGCUACAUAACCUAACAUGUAGUAUGACAUUUGUUGAAGAAGGUGAUAUGGUGUUCAUAACAUCGGAUGGCGUUUCUGAUAACUUCGACCCCGUUGUUGGAAAAUUCUGUGUGAUCAAGAAAACUGAAAGCGAAAACAAGGAGAAUGCUCAUCUUCCUCCCCGAGAGACUAGAUCGAUCGCUGUUUCCACAAAAGAUUCUCCUUCAAAGGAAUAUAGUAGAAAUCGAACUUGUGCGGCAAGCCUACCAUGUGUUGAUGCCGCUGGUAGGCAUGAACUGAUGCUUGUCAGGAUGCGGGAUAUUAUCGCUAAUGGAUUCGAUGCUCCUGAAACAAGCAAGCUAUCAUCUCCUCGAAACGAGCCACUCUUCUCGCGGGUGUCAUCAUCUCUUCUGUGUAACCGUUUGAUCCAUUUUGCCACUCAGCUCAGCACAGUAAAGAGGAAAACUCUUGAAAAUCCCGAAUUGUACAAAAAAGAAAAAAUGACCAAAUCAGAGCAAAGAGCCAUUCGUCGAGCCGUUCGAGAAAAAAUAAUGGAUAUGCCUGGAAAGCUAGAUCAUGCAAGUGUGGUUUGCUAUAGAGUCGGUCUAUGGGAUCAUGAUUUUUCUAAUUCGCCAACUCCCGAUAACAUUGUGGAUAACUUACCUGUAAUGAACGAGUGUUCAUUAGAAACUAACGAAAAAAAAGAAUCAUCUAUGGAGAUCUCACGUUUGGAAAAGUCUUCGGUCUCUUCCUCGCGUGAGAUCCAAGAAACCUCUCGACGAAAAAAACAUGCACGAGGCUCUGCUGCCAGACAUACUCUCGGUGUUGAUGUACAGUGGCUGAAAAAACUCGUAACGAAAAAAGAUGGAACGCCUCCGAUUGUUGAAGAAGAUUUGAGCAAAGCGGAAACGGAAACGACUAGUAGUGAAAAGAUCUCUCUUCGAAGCAGACUUCGGAGUCUCUUGGGUUCAAACAGAAAUCUAAACAGUUCUGGAUAUCUGCGCCCAGUUCGACCUCAAGCUUUACCUAUACGCACUUCGGUGGUUCAAUAA